ACAAAAAAAGAGAACUGCGUAAGAUCUGGCAACACCGAUGACGACAUAUACCACGUCAACUUCAACUGACUGCAACUGUUCAAAAAACCCACACACCUCUCCCUUUCUUUACGCAAAUUUCGAUUCGUUAAUAACUGGAAACCAUGUAAUCGUUCACAGAUAACACGUUCUUAAGUCAAUCAUGACCUCAUUGUCAUCAUCAUCAUCUCAGUUAACGGGGUCAAGCUCUUCAUGCAGGACUCUUCCAGGGGAAGGGGCCCAGGUCCACCCCAGAGCUCCUCUGCUGCAGAUCCUGAGAGUAGCAGGUGCUCAGGAGGAAGUGUUUACCCUGAAGGAGGUCAUGCACUACCUGGGGCAGUACAUCAUGAUGAAGGAGCUGUAUGACAAACAGAGACAGCACAUUGUCCACUGUCAAGAUGACCCACUUGGAGAGCUACUGGAAGUGGGGAGCUUUUCUGUUAAGAACCCCAGCCCUGUGUAUGAGAUGUUGAAGAAGAAUUUGUUUAUUUUGAAUAAUUCGGAUGCAGCAAAGAAUCUUUCAGUCGGCAAGGAUUCUAAUGAGUCUCCAAGUGAAGAUCCUGGUCAGGUUUCCAGUGGGUUGAUCAGCUCUGGACAGGCUCUCAUUGCUGGUAGUUCCAGCACUGGUGCAACACAGAGCUGCUCGCAACGCAGGCCACGCGAUCCUGAUGAAGACUCCUCAGACGGCUUGCCUAGGUCUGCUUGUAAACGGCCAAAACUGGAUGUUACUCUAGAAGAGUGGGACCUUUCUGGGUUGCCCUGGUGGUUUCUUGGUAACCUGCGAAGUAAUUACACUCGCCGGAGCAACGGUUCAACGGAUAUUCACACCAAUCAACUCUCUCCCGGACAGGACGAGGACACGGCCAUUGUUUCUGACACCACAGAUGAUCUUUGGUUCCUGAAUGAGGCAGAGAGCGAGCAAGUGAGUGUGGAGAUGAAGGAGGCAGUGCUGGAGCAGGGUAGUGACGCGGAGUCCCCACAUGAAGAAGAGGAGACUGGGAAAGAUGGUAAAGAUGACAGAAAGAUGCAAGAUCGGGAUGAUGACUCUCAGUGUUUAAGUGAUGACACUGAUACAGAGAUCUCCACACAGGAUGCGUGGCAGUGUUCAGAGUGCCGCAAAUUUAACACCCCUCUUCAAAGGUACUGUAUGCGCUGUUGGGCUCUGCGGAAAGACUGGUACAAGGAUUGUCCUCGUCUUGUGCACUCAAUCUCCGUGCCAGACAUCCCCGCCUGCAGUUCACGUCCCGAGAGGGAUGAAGACGAGGAGGAUGAUGAUGGAAUCGACAUGCCUGACUGCCUUAGGACUGUGUCUGACCCCGUCGUCCUCCCCUCACACCACGUCACGAGAAACAUCCCCACAUCAUCCACCUCAUCGUCUAAAGGAAAGGGUCCCUCCCGGGUUCACCAGCACCACUCACAGGAGAGCUCAGAGGGAGACAGCCAGGACACGCUGGACAUGGAGACAGAAUGCCAACCAGAGGCCAUACUGGAACCCUGCAAGCUGUGCCGAGUGCGGCCGCGGAAUGGCAACAUCAUCCACGGCCGCACCGCGCACUUGAUCACCUGUUUCCCCUGUGCCCGCAGGCUGCACAAAUUUCAUGCUCCUUGCCCAGGCUGUGGCCAGGUUAUACAGAAGGUCAUUAAAACCUUCAUAGCAUAACCGAAACAUAAAGGCACGCAUGUAUUAUAAAGGCACACUCACAUACUAAUAAUAAAUGUUCCCUUAUAUGGAAGAAGGCAGGGUGACUGACAAACCAUUUCUGGGCUAAAACGAAUGCACGGUGUAUCAGUGUAAUAGUGCAGUGUAUCUAUUAUGAUGAUUAAUGUUGUAUAGUACAAAUCAAGUAUAUAUAAUGUACAGAAUGUAAUUUAAAGAAACUGACCUCGUAUUGUUGGUUCGCCAUUGUUUUGUUAGCUUAACAAAACGUGAUCUCUUGCAUCUGCUUAGCAUCUGUAAGGUGAAAGAGAGGGGUACAUGCCUUGAUUUGCUACUGAGAGUAGGAAGUUGUGAAUCAAGGGUCAAAAAUAUGAAUAGACCCUUAAGAAAUGCAUGGCUUCAGUAUUUGUGCCUGCAUGAACCAUUCAAAUCUUAGUUUUUACUACUUUAAACAGACCAGACAGUGUGCUAUUAGUGCUUUCAAUGUACUUGACAACUUUUUUUUUUUUUUGUAAGAAGUAUAGAAUGUCAUUUUACAUUUUUCCCUCUUGCAGAUUUCAGGCACUUAAAGACUAAAGCUCUAGGAGUCAUUCCUGCGUGAUAUUUCGUACGCAUGGUAAAGAGUUUUCCUUUAGACAGUUGCUUUAAGCAGAUGAUAUGGGAAUAUUUAUUUAUUUAUAAACUUAGUUUUGGUUGAUGAGAUCAAAUGGGAUGACCAGUCACAUGUCAUUCCUGUGCUAUAGUGUGAGAUCCAAUUGUAUUACAAAUGUAAAGUAUUAAACUUUUCAUAUAUGGGAGCUACAAUAGAAAAGAGUAGUUGUGCCAAUGGCCAUGGUUUUCACUUCCAACUCUUUCUUUGGUUGCUGAAGAUGCUCAGUUCUUUCCUUCCAUUGUUUGUUUUUCUAUACCUGAACAGAUUUUGUGUAUUAUUUGAGGACAGUUGUGCUCUGUCUGUUCAGGAUUUUGCCUCUCAUCCACACAUGUGCCUGUUUUAUGAAGGUUAAGGAACUGCUAGGUUAAGUGGCAUUUAUUGAAAGGUAUUUUUAAAAAAGUCUACCAUACUACCAUAUUUUUUUUAUUUCAAAAUGGUCAUCUGUGUUUUUGGCUGCGUUAAGUAAAAUUCACCAAAGUUGUAUGGGAUUUUAGGGGUUUUUUGUCCUCUGCUUUUCUUAGCACUGUGUUGUUUCCCAUAACAAAGUGGAUUCGGUCUCUGUUGUGUAUUAAGCAAAGCAAUUGUAGACUAUUUGGAAAGAAAAUCUAUUGUCCUCAGCCAUUAGAUGUGGAAAGAGCUUUCAAACACAGUAAACAAAAAGGACUAGCUUUGCUUUUUUUUCUAAUAAUUGAUAUUAUUUAACAUUUUGAGGAUGUCAAUCUAAAUUUAGCUUGAAUUUUUGUGUGUGGUACAAACACUGCUGUUUCACUGCCAUUAUAUGCCUCACAGAACAAAUUCAUCCUAAGCCAGUGCAAUUAUAAAAUGAAGUCUAUUUGGUGGGUUUUGUUUGUUUGCUUUUUUAUCCAAACCUGGUUUCUGUUCAGAUUAAUCUGAACAGUUGUUGUUGUUGUUGUUUUUUUUUUGUUUUUUUUUUUACUGUAAAAUAAGUAAUGUAAUCAAUGGGAAUAAAUGCUGUUUGUUCAGUUUUA